AUGCGAAUGAAUCGGCGCUUCGGUGAGAGUGGUGAUCGGUACCUAGAUAUUGAUGAGAUACGUCAACUCGAGACCGGAGUCCACGGUACUCCAAAGUGUAUUGUCCACACCCGCGGUCCUGUUGAUAUCCCCUGGUACAACCACCACGCGGCCGAACGUCCACUUCUGUCGGGCGACAAGCUUCCCGCGCUCAGCCUGCCCACGGCCAACCAGGCUCCGUCCCGUGCACUCUACCAGGACGCCUCUGGCAGCUCGGCCAGUUCAAGUGCCCGUAGCAGUCUGUCGGGCGUCUCAGCGGUCCAGGAACCCAGGAGCCCCCCACCCGCGGAUCUAAGCAACCCAGGCCUGGAUUCAGACUAUCACCUCGCUCACCAGGGUUAUUAUCCCAGUCCGACCUCGCUCGGGAGCAUGAAUCAGACUCAUCCGUACAUGGAUGUACAUUCCCAUCUGUCGUCCGCUCAAUCAUACGCCUCACAAGGUGCUACUGCUGGUGCCAUGUCGCAUUAUCCUUACCAUCAGCAACCUCCGGUACUGCAGCCGGCUUCUUCAUAUGGCCCGGCCUACUCGCAGUAUGGAUAUCCCAGUGGUGUCACUUCGCCGCCCACUGGCCACCCACCACCCUCAAGUUCCAUGGGCGGCCAGAUGAAUCCGCAAUUGCUACCAAUUCCAGUCACCAACCACCCAGUUGCUCCUUCGGGUUAUGGGAACAAUACCGGUGCCCCCUUGCAAGGCUAUAUUUAUGACCCCACCGGCCAGGUCGCGCCUCCGGGAGCCAAGCCCCGCGUCACCGCGACUCUCUGGGAAGACGAGGGCAGCCUCUGCUACCAAGUCGAGGCAAAGGGUGUUUGUGUGGCUCGCAGAGAAGAUAACCAUAUGAUUAACGGCACGAAAUUGCUGAACGUUGCGGGCAUGACUCGCGGUCGCCGCGAUGGCAUUCUCAAGAGCGAGAAGCUUCGACACGUGGUCAAGAUCGGGCCCAUGCAUCUCAAGGGUGUUUGGAUUCCUUUUGAACGCGCUUUGGAAUUUGCCAACAAAGAGAAGAUCACGGAUCUUUUGUAUCCGCUCUUUGUGCAUAACAUUGGUGGUCUGCUGUACCACCCGGCCAACCAAAAUCGGACCAACUUGGUCGUGCAGGAAUCGCAGCAGCGCCGCAUGGAAGGUCCUCCCGCCGGCCCUCAGCGGACCCCGACCGCUCCUCAGUCUUCGUCUUUGCAUCACCACGCCAUGCAGACCCCCAUGUCCUCGCACUUGUCUCAGCCCCUGAUGGGCGUGACCAAUCAGGGAAGCUCCUACGAAUGGAGCGGCCAGGGCAUGAACUCGGGAGUCUCUCAUACCCAGCCGUUGUCGAUUGACACCGCAUUGAGCAACCAGCGUUCGAUGCCGACAACUCCUGCCACCACUCCACCCGGCAACAAUAUGCAGGGAAUGCCGCCAUACCAGAGUCAGGCCGGCUAUGACAACUCGAAGCCGUACUAUUCAGCUGCGCCGCAUUCCCACUCUCAGUAUGCUCCGCACACGCCAAUGACCCAGUCGGGCAUGUCCAGCUAUGGGCAACCUCUUCCCGCGGUGGGCUAUCUAAAGAACGAGAUGGCCCCUCCCACUGGCCGUGCUCCUGGCUCCGAGGCCGAUACUCCAGAAUUGAAGUCUGAUCGGUAUUCUCAGGGCAACGGAGGCAACGAGUCUGUUCAAGAGCAGGAGUCUGAAUAUCUGCAAGACCAGGGCUCCGCGUACAACACCAACCGCCACUCGUACACUUACACGACCAAUCCGUCAGUUGGAUCUCUGACCGGCGAGCAUUCGCAGUUGACUCCUGAGAUGACCGGGUCCCCGCAGCAGAACGGCUCGGGCCGCAUGACGCCGCGCACAAGCGGUGGCCCGCCUCCCCACUGGGCUUCUGGAUAUAACACUCCGCCUCGCCCACCCGCGGCCACGACUCUGUACAACGCGGUCAGUGACACUCGUGGUACUCCCGCCAACGGAGCAUCGGAUCCCUACUCCAUGGCCUCCACGUCGACCCCUGUGUACUCGACUACCGUUCACGGAUCGCUCGGCUCGGGCAGCAAGCGCAUGCGCGAAGAUGACGACGUCAUUCGCCCUGAAAGCGCUGGCGAAUACGAAAGCAAGCGUCGCAAGACCAUCACUGACGCUACUCUCGGUGGCCCCAUCGGAGGUGCUCCUCUCCUUCAGCCCAUGAAAACCGGAGGAGUGAUGAGCCGCCGCCGAUGA